AGAAGAAUAAUAAAAUCCAAAAGAAAGAAAAUACAAUAUUCUUUUAAAAGCAAAAAGGAAAAAAUAUGUCAAAAAACAUAAAAAUAAAAUCGAUGACUUUUCACUUGUUUGAGAAGACACGUAAUACAGGCCAAUAGAAUAAUAGGAAAGAAAAUCCGCUUUCCAUUCCGAAGAUUAGUUUUUUCACGGCCUGCGACUCCAGUGUCCAGAAACCACCGAGUUUGUCAACGUUCACUACCUCCCGUUGCCUGCCAUCGUGUUUUCCGGGAACGUAAUACACAUCUGAUAUGAUUUUUCACUUCUAUCAAUCCAUUGAACAGGGUAUUCUACAAUGGAUUCCGUGGAAGGAGAAACUAGAACAGGUGGGGACUCGGCCAAGGGGAGUGAAGGUUCAUAUGUUAAGAUAAAGGUCUUGUUCUUUGCUAGAGCUCGAGAUAUUACAGGCCUUACUGAUAUGCCAUUGGAGGUUUCAUCUGGUAGUACUACUCAUGAUUGUUUGAGUAAGCUCAUAGCCACAUUUCCAAGCUUGGAAGAGGUACGCAAUUGCAUAGUUCUUGCUCUUAAUGAGGAAUAUACAACCGAAUCAGCGACUGUUAAAGAUAGAGACGAAUUGGCUAUCAUACCUCCAAUAAGUGGUGGCUAAGUAUACCUCACUGAUUUCACUUUCAAGGAUAUCAAUGUUGGAAGCUUGGAUUUCAUACGAUGCUGUAAUUUUUAUCUUUCGGUUUUGUUAAGCAUAUGGUUAAAAAGUUUCUUGUACUCCCUGCAGAUUAUGUGCUUUGUAUACAGAACAAUAAAAAUAAAAAGCUAUAAAUGUCAGAGGAGAUGAGAGGGAACCUCAGAACCUUCUUUGCUUUUCCGUUC